AUGGUGUUCGAUCCGCUGUCCGUCAUCGGCUAUGUUGGCACAGCGGCUGGACUUGUCGGCUUCCUGGUCUCAACCGUCACCAGAAUAGAGCAAUAUCAACGUGACUUUCGAGAUGCAGCAUUUAAAUUGAACUGGUACGAGGACAGGCUAACAUCGGUUGAGGGUGAAAUGACCGCUUGGGGGCGGCUAUGGUGUGGCGGCUACUCGGAGGAUGACUAUCAGUCUUUUUGGGGUCGAAAGGGUUUCGAUUCUGUGCAGCGAAAAAUGACUCUAAUCCAGCAUGAAGUCAAUGGGAUUGGCUUGCUCCUGUAUGGCCAAGUAUUGGCGAAUGAGGACGGGCAGGUUAGCGGUAUUGUAGAUCGGGACUGGGAGCACUGGAAGUUGCAGCUACAGAAACUGCGCAGCGUGGAUCUCAUCUCACGCAUUUUCUUUGCAUCGUUCAGAGGAGCAAAUCUGAAAGAACGAACGUCAGAAUUAGAGAAAAUGGUCAGUAAUCUGAAAAGCGACACUCAGAGACUGCUCUUUGAGAUCCAGUUCCGGCCGACGACGAAUCCGACGGUGGACGACGACGUGUUGCAACGAGUGUUAGACCGCAAGGCUUGGGUGGAUGAGCACAAAUUAAUCCUAACGAAGCUAUUCAAUCUCUCAAGACAGUGGGGGAAGUGGUCCUUGGUGCUUCGACCCCCGGACGAGCAGGGGGAGCCAUCAUCGAUUGACGGUGGCAAUGGUAUCAAAAUCGAGUUCGACGCCCUGUCUGCCGUAAUAGACGGUCAAAACACGAGAGACUUGGGCAUUGUCGAUUUUCAUCCAUCCCAAUUUUUAAGGACCAAUCCAACCAUUAAUCAAUGGUAUUCUGAUGAGGCACGGGACGCCAAUCGUCGAGUACCGACCAGAGAAGACUAUCUCGUCGCCCGCUUCACCAUAACCCGUGGACGCCGUGAAACUGGAUAUAGGCAACAACUUGCGAGGGCUGCCAUCGGUCUUGUGAAUUGGACCAUGCUCUUGUGGAAUACGCCGUGGACAGACGGCAUAUGCAGCUGCCAGCUCAGGUUCGUUACUUUCAGGCGUAAGGAGAUUAAUAUUACUGUAGCAACAUUUGCAGCUGCAAAUACUUGCGAGAAAACAAGACGACCUCACAUCAUGGAUAAAUCCUUGCUGAUGGGUAUUUCCCUUGCCGAACUUGCAAUCAUGCAGUCCGUCACCGUGAAUCUCUGCAUUGGGGAAGCAACCAAUUUUUCUGUUGGUGGGAAGACCAUCACGGAGAAAGAACUGCUUGAUUAUGUCAAGACGAGAAACGGCCCAGGGUAUCGCAGCGCAGUGUGGUAUUGCUUUGAGUAUAGUAGGAAGCUGGAGCGGGGGGAGGGAUUCCGACCUCACGAUAUUCUCGUGUUCAAGGAAAAUGUGAUUAAACGGUAUGAUGACGUUCUGUAA